CUACCAGUCCCUUCCUCACUGUUCACACUCUAACAAACAGAUCACACACCCUGCUACCACUGCCUCUUCCCUCUCUCUCCCUCUCCUAUUCGAAGUUCUAUCCUCAAUUCGGAUUCGAAGUCCUAAAACCGGGUCGUGGGAAGUUGGAUGAAUUCGAGUCAGCGGGAAUGGAUCCUCCAUUGAUAAACGAAUCUUCGUUCUCUGCUGCGAACCCAUCCGCCUACAGCUUGGCCGAGAUUUGGCCAUUCGGUGCGGAGCCCGGCGGGGGACUGGGGCUUCGGAUGGGUAACUUGGGUCAGACACCUGGUGGGUUCGGGGACAGCUCGGCGAAUCGUGACGGGUCGGCCGAGGAAUCGACGGUUACGGAGCAGAGUGGCGGUGGUGAUAGGAAGAAGAGGAAAGAAGUGAGCUCGGAGGACGAGUCGUCGAAGAUGGUUUCCACUAGUAGUGCCAAUGACUUGAAUGAAUCAAAUGGUAAACGGAUGAAACUAUCUGGAUCCCGAGAUGAGAAUGAGGGUUCAAGAGCUGAAGUGGAAGCUAGUUCAACGCCUGGCAACAAGUCAGCUGAAGAAAGCACCAAACCUUCCGAGCCACCUAAGCAAGAUUAUAUUCACGUCAGAGCGAGAAGGGGCCAAGCUACUGAUAGCCAUAGUCUAGCAGAGAGGGCAAGGAGGGAGAAGAUCAGUGAGAGGAUGAAAAUUCUCCAAGAUUUGGUCCCUGGAUGUAACAAGGUUAUUGGAAAAGCCCUUGUCCUUGAUGAGAUAAUUAAUUACAUCCAGUCGCUGCAACACCAGGUUGAGUUCCUCUCGAUGAAGCUUGAAGCAGUUAAUUCAAGGAUGGGUAUGAACCCCGCUAUCGAGGGCUUUCCUCCAAAAGAUCUUGGUGCACAGCCAUUUGAUGCAUCUGGAAUGGUGUUUGGAUCACAAGCAGCAAAGGAAUAUGCUCAAAGCUCACAUCCUGAAUGGCUGCACAUGCAGGUUGGUGGUACUUUUGACAGAACAAUUUAAUCUCAUGGGCUUAAGCGGAUCAGGAGCAGGAUUCAGUUCGUUGUCCAUAAGUAAUGGCCAGCUUUGCCCUAGGUUUCUCUACAUCGGGUGCUGAAAUUUGUUUCCUGUAUGUUUGAAUGUUCCUAAAUUUUUAAUGUAAUAUCGUAUGUAGAAAAUCCUUUUCUUAAUGUAUCACCUAACUAGAUACGCUUUAGACAGUUUUCUUUGGUAUGCGGACAAAAGCUCUUAGGGUGACUUUAGUUCUCAAGCCAUCCAUGUAAGCAAAGAAUUGUGCUCUCUAGAAUUAUAAAUUCUCAUUCAUUGUUAAAGUAUGUUACUAAUUGAUAUGAUUUCGUGUUAAGCCAUAUUAUGCGAAA